AUUUCCCCCUUUGUCAUUGGGGGAAAAAAAUGAGUUUUUUUUUUUUUCUCUGACUUUGGGGUUUGGACUGUUCCAGUGGUACCAUAUUGACUCCAGUCACAGCGUCUACAUUUGAAAGGCACACCUGAACAUGUGAAUAUACGACUUAAGUGCAAACCACAUUUAAGGCUCUCACACGACGCACUCUUUGUUCACGUUUUUCACCCAUCUCACACGCUGACCUCUCUCUCGCAGCUCAUGAUGAGACAUGGCAGCUGCCGGUGUUUGCAUAAAGCUUUUGUGUAUUUGUACAAAGACCCCGGAGUCUCUUCAAGACAACGCCACUGUGGCUGAGCCCACCUACCAGUUCAUUUGCGUGUUUGCUCAUGUGUAUGUGUGUAUGUUCACACAUUAAUGCCUACGUUUACCUGUGUGUGGCCAAUGUUAAUCUGCCGUCUCACAAACUCAUCGCACCACUGAUUGUGUGUGUCUGUGUGUGUGUGUGUGUGUGUGUGUGGCAGUUUAAAUUCUGGACCUCAGAUGUCACUUUGACCUUAUUCUCUUGAAUACUCUAAAUAAUUUUUCACGUUGCAACUUUUCCCCGCUUGUAUUCUGACUUUUUUCUCUUAAGAUUAUGAAUUUUUCACAAUUUUACAACUUUGUUCUUGUCAGAAAAUAUUGUUAGACUUUUGUCAUUCUUUAACGAUUUUAUUGGUUGAAUAUUUUCCCCAUUAUUCUUAUGAUGGUUUUUCCACAUAAAAUUCUACUUUUUACUCAUAACAUUGGGACUUUUUCCAGAUGGUCUUAUGACUUUAUCUUGUAAUAUUACAACUUUAUUCUAGUGAUAUUUAUUUAUUUAUUUCAAGAAGGUGUUGUAAUAUUUCGACUAGCUCCACAAAGUGCCUUACCACUGUGGCACUGUAGCAUAGCCUUCGCAUUUGAUAAGUUAUUUGUAUUUAUGCUUUAAAAAGUUCACAUUUUGGAGAUUUAGCCUCUAAUAACUGUUGCAAUGAUGUGUGUCAAACCACGUUUCAAGUCGUGUGGUGGCAUCCUACAUCGGUUGUUGUCGAGAGAAUGAUCAUCUGGCAUCAAUGUCCCGCUUUGAAUGGAGGGAAUUUCAACAGGAAUGUUCACAUCGGGAUUGUUUUCAGCAUGGUGUGGUCGCCUCAAGUGUUCCAAAUGGGUGUCGACAGUUGAUCGUCCAGUUGUGAUGUUGACACCCUCUGAUGUCUCAGAUGUCCCUCCAAAAUAAAACACAGCUGUUGUUACUGGUUGGUUCCUCCAGCCGUGCUAACCCUUCGCACUCGUCACGACACGUAGUACGUGUGGUCGUGAAGAAUUGGCUCUCACCGGCCAAGUUUUGGACAUAUCAGCCUUCGCCUUUUGUUUUCUUUUAAAAGUAAUGAAAAUGAUGUCUGGAAAUGAAAGUGUAGAGUUGCAAUGAGUCACUCCGAAUAAGAAAAUAAGUGCGUUUUGUGGAGAAUAUCAGUUGUUAGAGGGAGUGUGUGACCUUCCUCAUGUCAGAUUCAGGAGGCGAGACGUGAACUGCGAACAUAAGGACGCAGGUCUAUGCCUCAGAUGUUUUACUUGGAUGCUUUUCAUUUAAGAAUGAACACCAUAUAGCAGGGUGCACACUUACCCAUUUUUCACACACACACAAACACAUUUCUAAAGUGGUUCACAAAGUUGCUAAAUAUUAGGAAUGCUCCAGGAUCGGUUUACUUUGUGAAGCACUUGACUUUUUUUUUUUUUUUAAUGUGACUGAUAAAAAAACAUAAAAAUCUAGCAACUUCUUGUGGUGUUAUUAAAGACUUCUGGAGACUCCCUACAGAGCAGGAUAUGUUUACCCCUCUGCGUCCUGACUGCAAUUGAAUGGCGCUCAUGCAAACAAACACUAGUUUAUCCGCGCUCCUCCCAAAAAAAGUGAGCACCCACAAGGAUUCUAUUGUGUUUUCACUCAUGGAAUCACUACUUCCUCACAAAGCUCAGUAACGUUUUGUCAAUUAAUGUAGCGGGGGUGGUAUAAAACAAAAAUACCCCCACGUUGACAAUUUACCUGAACAUUUGCUUGUGUUAACACUGGUAACACUUAGCUAAUGCUAAUCUGUGUUAAUUCGGCGAUUCCUUUUGGCUUUGACAUUAUAAUGCUUCGGUGUACCGUGUUCCCCUGCUAUAUUGCAGUUCACUUAACCAUUGCCUCGCUACAUCACAGUUGGGUUUUUGUGGAAUGCAUCUACUUGUCUAACACGAAAAUCCCCACUAUAUCGUGUAAAUCUGUGCUUUAUAACGAUUGUUUUUUUAAUGGGUUUUUACGAUGUAUUAACUGUAAUGCAUUAUCAUGUGGGAAAGGAGCGUCACACUCACCGAUCCACUUUACAGCUGUUUAUUGAACACCAGGAGAACAGUAAAACACAAUAACACAAUGGACACGCUGACGCUGGAGCUGCUGUUGACCACCUCUCACACCCGGACACUCACGGAAGACUUGGCGACAUCCCCCACCAUGCUCGGCCUCUCAAAGCACAUGCAGAAUUUUACACGCAGCCACUGCAAGAGAAAUAAAGCUUAAAGAAUCAUUUCAGCAGAUAGGACAGAACCUGGAGGUGGAGACAAAAGUGGACACGAGGAGAAGGGGAAGGCGGUAGGUCAGAAAGCUCCCCUGUGGAUCCGCGCCAGGUUCCAGGCCCUCCUGUUCUCUCUGGGCUGCCACAUCCAGAGGCACUGCGGGAAGGUGCUCUUUAUCGGACUCUUGGUGUUCGGGGCCCUCUCGGUGGGACUCCGAGUGGCCGCCAUUGAGACGGACAUCGAGCAGCUGUGGGUGGAAGCUGGUAGCCGGGUGAGCCAGGAGCUUCACUACACCAGGGAGAAGCAAGGCGAGGAGUCCAUAUUUACCUCACAGAUGCUCAUCCAGACCCCCAAAGAACGGGGCACCAACAUUCUUACCCAGGAGGCUUUGCUGGUGCACAUGGAAGCCACACUGUCUGCCAGCAAGGUCCAGGUGUCACUGUUUGGAAAGUCAUGGGAUCUCAACAAAAUAUGUUACAAAUCCGGGGUCCCUAUAAUUGAAAAUGUCAUGAUUGAAAGGAUGAUUGACAAGCUAUUUCCUUGUAUGAUCAUCACCCCGUUGGAUUGUUUUUGGGAAGGGGCCAAGCUACAGGGAGGUUCCGCCUAUUUACCGGGUAUGCCAGACAUCCAGUGGAUGAAUCUGGAUCCAGUCAAGCUCAUGGAGGAACUGAGUCAGUUCACAUCCCUGGAAGGAUUUAAGGAGAUGUUGGACAAAGCCCAGGUGGGCCACGCCUACAUGAACAGGCCGUGUCUGGACCCAUCGGAUCCCGACUGCCCUCUCAGUGCUCCUAACAAGGAACUAUUAGAGCCUCCUGACAUCGCCGGACGCCUCCAAGGCGGUUGCCACGGUUUUAGCCGGAAGUUUAUGCACUGGCAGGAGGAGCUGAUCCUGGGAGGGCGCAUGAAGAACACCCAAGAUGCUCUGACGAGCGCGGAGGCUCUUCAAACUAUGUUCCUGUUGAUGAGCCCCAAGCAGCUGUACGAGCACUUUAAAGACGACUAUGAGAUCCACGACAUCAACUGGAAUGAAGAAAAGGCUACGGCCAUCCUGGAGUCGUGGCAGCGGAAGUUUGUGGAGGUGGUCCACCAGAGUAUCCCGACUAACUCCAGCCAGUCCAUCCACGCCUUCUCCACCACCACCCUCAACGACAUCAUGAAGUCCUUCUCCGAUGUCAGCGUCCUGCGAGUAGCCGGAGGGUACCUGCUCAUGCUGGCCUAUGCCUGUGUGACCAUGCUGAGGUGGGACUGUGCCAAAUCCCAGGGGGCUGUGGGGCUGGCCGGCGUGCUGCUGGUAGCCCUGUCGGUAGCUGCGGGACUGGGCCUCUGCUCUCUGCUGGGACUCUCCUUCAAUGCCGCCACCACUCAGGUGCUUCCCUUCCUGGCACUUGGAAUUGGUGUGGAUGACAUGUUUCUUUUGGCUCACUCCUUCACAGAGGCCGGUAGUAACAUUCCGUUUAAGGAGCGGACCGGAGACUGUUUGCGUCGCACGGGCACCAGCGUGGCUCUGACUUCCAUCAACAACAUGAUCGCUUUCUUCAUGGCUGCCCUCGUGCCCAUCCCGGCCCUGCGAGCUUUCUCCUUGCAGGCAGCCAUCGUGGUGGUGUUUAACUUCGCCAUGGUGCUGCUCAUCUUCCCCGCCAUACUCAGCUUGGACCUCCACCGGCGCAAAGACAAGCGCUUGGACGUCCUGUGCUGCCUGUACAGCCCUUGCGCCGACCGGGUCAUACACCUGUCCCCGCACGAGCUGUCGGACGGCGCCGAGCAAAGCCAGGCGCCGGCAUCACAUACGCACCAGUACGCGACAGGCUCCACCAUCACCACCAGUACGCAGAUCACCACCACAGUGCAGGCGUUCACGCAGUGCGACGCUGCCGGGCAGCACAUUGUCACGAUCCUGCCACCAACCUCUCAGAUUUCCACCAGCCCGACUUCAAUAAUUCUGUGUCCUACUUCCCAUUCACAAGCUAUCACACCUACGCCCACUACCCCCGUUCAGGAUCCCUACGGCUCCCAGUUCUUUACGCCAACCUCCAGCUCUACCCGGGAUCUCCUAGCCCAGGUGGAGGACUCCAAAUUGGGCAAAAAGUGUGUCCCGCUCCCCUUCCUCCACUGGAACCUGUCCCACUUUGCCAGGGAGAAAUACGGUCCACUUCUCCUCAAGCCCAAGAGCAAAGCCAUUGUGGUCAUCCUCUUCCUGGGCCUCCUGGGCCUCAGCCUGUACGGGACCACCAUGGUGCACGAUGGCCUCUACCUGACUGACAUUGUGCCACGUGACACCAAGGAGUAUGACUUCAUCGACGCCCAGUUCAAAUACUUCUCCUUCUACAAUAUGUAUCUGGUCACCACGGACGGGUUCGAUUACGCCCGCUCACAGAGACUUCUGAUCCAGCUACACAACGCCUUCAACUCGGUCAGAUCCGUGGUCCGAGACAGUGAUGGCAAACUACCCCGUAUGUGGCUGCACUACUUCCAGGACUGGCUCAGAGGUCUUCAGGCCGCUUUCGACUCAGACUGGCUGGCGGGAAGGAUCACCUCGGACAGCUAUCGGAACGGCACUGAGGACGGCGCCCUAGCGUACAAACUCCUCAUCCAGACCGGCUCCAAGAAAGAACCCUUCAACUACAGCCAGCUCACUUCUCGUCGGCUGGUGGAUGCAGAGGGUCACAUCCCCCCCGAGGUGUUUUACAUUUACCUGACGGUGUGGGUUAGUAAUGAUCCACUGGGCUAUGCCGCCUCCCAGGCCAACUUCUAUCCCCAUCCCAGAGAGUGGAUCCACGACAAGUACGAUACCACGGGGGAGAAUCUGCGCAUUCCGGCCGCAGAGCCCCUGGAGUUCGCUCAGUUUCCCUACUACCUGAACGGGCUGCGGCAAGCCGGCGACUUCGUAGAAGCCAUCGAGAGCGUGCGGGCCAUCUGCGAUGAGUUCAGCCGCAAGGGCGUGUUCAACUACCCCAACGGAUACCCGUUCCUCUUCUGGGAGCAGUACAUAGGCCUCCGACAUUGGUUCUUACUGGCCAUCAGCGUGGUACUGGCGUGCACCUUCCUGGUUUGUGCUCUGCUCCUGCUCAACCCGUGGACCGCCGGCAUCAUUGUGUUUAUCUUGGCCAUGAUGACGGUGGAGCUGUUUGGCAUCAUGGGUUUGAUCGGCAUCAAGUUGAGCGCCAUCCCCGUGGUCAUCCUCAUUGCCUCGGUAGGCAUCGGCGUGGAGUUCACCGUUCACAUUGCACUGGGCUUCCUGACAGCCAUUGGCACCAGAAACAAGCGCUCGGCCGUGGCUCUGGAGCACAUGUUUGCCCCAGUGGUUGACGGCGCCAUUUCCACGCUGCUGGGCGUUCUCAUGCUGGCGGGGUCCGAGUUUGACUUCAUCAUGAGGUAUUUCUUUGCUGUGUUGGCCAUCUUGACCGUUCUUGGAAUGCUGAACGGCUUGGUCCUGCUCCCGGUCAUCCUCUCCUUGCUGGGCCCCCCUGCCGAGCUGGCAGCAGUCGACGACGGCAGCCGCCAGCCGGCGCCUUCGCCUGAGCCUCCACUCCCACCGCCCAUGGCACACCACGGUUACUUCGCGGACGACCACGACCCCCGCCGGGCGUUCUCCGAGACGUCCGACUCAGAAUACUACUCGGAGAUGACGAGCACGUCGGGUAUCGGCGAGCAGGAUUACAAGUACUGCGACCGCAGCCCGUACAGUGUGCCGCCUGCGACCUCACACAUUCUGCUCGAAGCCAGCAAGAAUCCCAGCUUUCCGAAACUCACGGUGGUGAGGCCGCCAAGGGAAACCGGAGGACGGAUAGAACCGUCCAUUGACUCUCCACACAAUGCUCAGUCGCCUUUGAGCUCGCAGUUGACAUGCUGGGAUGGACCCAAGCGAGACCAGCAGCAGCAGCAGCAGCAGCAGCCAGGACAACAAAAUCUACCUGGAGACAGAGCUCACCAGCCCGGGCGGACUUAUCUGAGCGGUCCUAGGCUACAGAGCGGCCGAGGGCCUCAGCCAAACAGGACUAAAGGGCCCGCCGGCUACGGCGACCCCGCGGCCAGGGGGCCCGUCACCAUGGUGACGGCCACGGCCUCCGUGACGGUGGCCGUGCACCCGACACUGCCCGGAGCGGCGUACCAGGGCUACAUGCACGAAGGCUUCGACACGGACACUGAGUCGGACUGCUUUGAGGCCACUAAGAGGACUAAGUUUUCGUCGUAUAAGAGAGACUCUUUAGAGCUCCAAGACUCGGAACGUCCACAGGAUCAGACGACGCACCAGGCCAGACAAGGCGGGUCAAGGAUCCAGACGGCCAAAGAGUGCUAGACUCCUCCACGCUCGUCCUCUGGAAACUGUACAUAUACGCCACAUAGGAUUUAUUUGAAGGACGAUAUGUACUGUAAAUCUAUGAGUAUAUAUUUUAAUACUAAAAUAAGAGGGAAGCUAUUUAAAAGAGUACUGUAUAACUUUGGGCAUACUCGUGUAAAAGUUUUUUGUGGCGGGGGAGUUUUGUUUUCUUGGCCCCCUGCAUAUAGUGUAUAGAAUAAGAAUAAUGUGCUAUAUGUAAAAAGUGUCCACACAGAGUGAGAUCCUAUUAAGAUAUCAGGCUAUUGAACAUACAUGGUCAGUGUUUUAUUCCUAUUUGUAUUAUUAUGUUUUGUUUUUGGUUUUUUGGUUUUUUUUUGCUGCUACAGUCAUUUUUAAGUGAUUUGCCUUAAAAAAAAAUGCAGUAACCCCUCUUCCUCCCCCUUGAGGCCACACACACACACACUAUAAUAUUAUACUGUGAAAUCUAACAGAUUUCUUAACAACGUGCCUUUAUCGCUAUUGUCAAUGCAGGAUCCAGAGCUCAGUAUUAAGUCCUUUGCAGUUUUAUCUACUUGAAGGUUAACACAAUGGGAACUAUAAGGGAGUCUUUUUAAAUUGUUGUAACCCCAAUGGAGUUACCUAUAAGCUACUAUUUACAUUUUACAGCAGCUUUGUUUUUUUUUACUUUAUUUCCACUACAGUUCUUACUGUACAGAAAUUGUCUCAUCACUGCCAGUGUCAUUUGCAGGGAAGAUCUUUUCUGUAUUUUUCAAGUGGCAGCUUUGUUUUUUUUUUUUUUUUUUUUUUUUAAAGAAACAAAAUGUUGAGUAGCUACUGUGCAGUUAUGAAAAAAUAAUUCACCCUACAUAACCACCAUUGGCAGGAGGACUUUUUAGGGAGGGGGUCGAGGGGAAGCUUGUGCAUUGUUUGUAGUUUAAAGAAAUGUUAAUGUCAUGCCAUAUAAAUUAUUUAUAUUCAAAUUUUUAUUUUUGUAGUUUGUACAGAUGUUAGUAUUUAGACUGAAGUUCUAUUUUUAAAGAGUAAAUAUAUAUUAUAUAUAAAUAUAUCUAUUUGUUGCUGAGUUUGAUUUUCUUUUUGUUUUCAUUUAGGAAAGGGUGGGGGUCAUUAUUAUGUUGUUGUUGUGGUGAGAGCAUGAAGGUGUCACUUUUACACCUUUUUUUUUUUUUUUUUUCCUUCAUGGGCCCCUCCUUUGUCGUUGUCCAUGUCUAAAACACUGUGACUUCUGAAAACUAUGCUCAAGAAACCCCUUGUGUGACCGCUAUGUUCUCUCACCUGCUAUAGAAAAUUAACUAACAAAAAUAAAUUCA